UCUUGCCCCUGUUCUAUGUUGUGCUGUGCUCUACUUUACUAUUCUAUCCUUUAUGAUGCAGCUUUGAACUGCUCCAAUUUUAUAUCGGCAGAGUGCAACAGCGUGCCCUUUAAAAGUGACGAUCCCUUUAAAUGGACGGUACCACGUUGCCUAAGCCGGGCAGUAGAAGAUGUUAAUGUUACUUUUGAAGACCAACAGAAAAUUAAUAAGUUUGCAAGAAAUAAUAACAGGCUUAUAGAGCUUAAAGAGGAAAUAGAACUGAAAAAGAAACAGUUACAGAAUCUAGAAGAUGCCUGUGAUGAUAUAAUGAUGCUUGAUGACGAUACAAUGCUGGUGCCUUACCAAAUUGGAGAGGUUUUUAUUAGCCAUUCCCAGGAUGAGACACAGGAGAUGCUAGAAGCUGCAAAGCAAAGUUUCCAAGAUGAGAUCCAGGCUUUGCAGACCCGCGUGGAGACAAUUCAACAGGUGUUAUCAGAUCUCAAAGUCCAGCUCUAUGCAAAAUUUGGAAACAACAUUAAUCUUGAAGCUGAAGACAACUAACCUGUUUUUUUUCACCUGUCACGUUUCACUCGAUUAAAUGAUUUAACUUUUGCAAAAAAAAAGUCAUCACUUUGUUCAUGUUUUUGAAUGGAAUUUUAAAAUUUUUGGCCUGCAACUCCAUUUCUUUGAUGAAAACAUUAUUUUAUACCUGCUUGAAUUUGUUAUUUAUUUGUUACAGUGGAUCUACAUUCUGAUUUUUGAAUUUUCUGUAAAAUAAUCAGCUGUUAAAAUGAUUUCCUAAUUAGGGAUUUAAAUUAAGCUUUCGCAUUCAAAUAAAUAAUGUGACUGUCCCAAUGUGACUUGCAUAAUCCACCUACUCAAUAAAAUAAUUAAGCUUGCGCAAA